CCUCAGUUAAUUCUUUGUUACAGAAGCUUUCAGGCUGACAAAAUAACCCAGGCGUUGGCGGCACCGGCUCCUGAACGCUGGGCUGUUGGAAGGAGCAGGCGAGGAGAAACACAAGGUACUGAGCCCAGGAGCACCUUUCCCCUGAGGUCUGUCCGUGCCGUCGCCUGCCGAUGCACCCGCUCUAACAGCGGCCGGAGGGACCCCCACCAGCUGCCGUCCGCAGGGCCCUUGGCGGGGAGCGUUCCCCAGGAACCACGAUGAAGAUCGUGGUCGCCAAAGUGCUGUGUCUGCUGGGCAUCUGCGUCCUCAUGCUGGCUGGGUCCCUUCUCCCCGUCAAGAUAAUUGAGGCCGAUUAUGAGAAAGCUCAUCGCUCCAGGAAGGUUCUUGCCCUCUGCAAUUCUUUUGGAGGAGGAGUCUUCCUGGCCACCUGCUUCAAUGCCUUGCUGCCUGCCGUGAGAGAAAAGCUCGAUGAAGUUCUCAGGCAGGGGAACAUGACCACGGACUACCCGGUGGCUGAGACCAUCAUGAUGGUUGGCUUCUUUGUGACGGUCUUUGUGGAGCAGCUCAUCUUUACCUUCCAGAAGGAAAAGCCUUCCUUCAUUGACUUAGAGACCUUCAACGCCGGUUCCGAUGUCGGGAGCGACUCUGAAUACGAGAGUCCCUUCAUCGCAUCUUCCCGAGGGCGCACGUUGUACAGUGAACUCGGUCACCACUCCCACAGCCACGGCCUGAAUAUCCAGGAGCUCUCCCGCUCCAGCCCCUUACGGCUCAUCGGGCUGGCGUUUGCUUUGUGUACGCACUCCAUCUUCGAGGGACUGGCCCUGGGCUUGCAGGAGGAGGGCGGCAAAGUCAUGAGCUUGUUCCUAGGAGUUGCCAUUCACGAGACGCUGGUAGCGGUGGCAUUGGGCAUCAGCAUGGCCAAGACCUCGUUGCCCCUGAAGGAUGCUGUGAAGAUGGCUGCGACGGUGAGCCUGAUGAUUCCUCUGGGCAUUAGCAUUGGGAUGGGGAUUGAGAGCACCCAAAAUGCGGCCAGCAACAUUACUUCCCUGCUCCUGCAAGGCAUCGCGGGGGGCACUUUCUUGUUCAUCACCUUCUUUGAGAUCCUUGCGAAGGAGCUGGAAGACAAGAACGACCGUCUCUUGAAGGUUCUCUUCCUGGUGCUGGGCUACACGGUUCUGGCUGGGCUGGUCUUCUUCAAGUGGUGAGCACGAGAGCGACGGGAAGCAAACCUCACCUCCUCCCCUUGCAAACGGCACCGGAGAUGAGCCGCCGCUUCAGCCAGGGGGGACACUGGAGCUCAACAGCCAAGUGAAACAUCACGGUCCAGGUGGCAUUUCCAUAUUGACCUGAAGAAGGAGAAUUUCUUCCUGUGUGCUCAGAGGGAGACAAAAAUGAGGAGUGUCCCAGUGUAGGUGUCACAAGGUAUUGUCCCUGCCUGUUGGGUCUGCGGGUGCAGCAGCUUGUGCGGAGACUAGUCAACACAAACAUUAAAAUCUGGUUCUAAGGCUGCCUGCAAAGAGCUCGUCAGGCGUGUGGCUUCCUGUUGAUCUGCAUAGCCGGCCC